CUCGGACUCCAUCACACGAUUAAGUCUACCACCGCCACCACCAAGACGCCUCAAAACAUCAGCAUCCGUCAGACAUGGGCCGCGACGCACUCGCCCGGUGCGGGCUGUUUGCGAUAGCGGCCGCCGCCGGUGCUGCAGUCCUUGGGCAUCUCAUCCGUGCCAUGAGCAGUAGGACGACGCUGCUCACGAUCGCGUCGCUGCUCAUCCUCUUAACCAUCAUCAUCACCGUAAGAAGUCCCUUUCACCACAAUGGCAUCGCAUUGCAUCUUUGCUUCAAAAAGCACACGCGACUAACACCCCUGCAGACCCGUCACGCGCAAAUCCUUCGUCGUCGCCGCGCAACGCCAUGGCCCAAGCCGCCUUUCCAGCAGCACCACUAUGACAACGACGACGACGACGAUGAUGAUGAUGAUGAUGACACCAGAGUCCGCCGCCAUGACUACUUCCUCUUUGUGCUCGGCUCCGGCGGCCACACAAAGGAGAUGCUCAUGAUGAUGGACGACGGCUUCUGCCGCUUCGCCGGCUCCCACCGCCGCUACCUCAUCUCCAGCGGCGACAACAUGUCGGCGCACCACCUGCGCGACUACGAGGCGCAGCUCGCACAGCUCUGCCGCCGCCGCGGCACCUCGCCCGGCAGCUUCGACACGCGGGUCGUGACGCGCGCCCGCCGCGUCCACCAGCCGCUCUGGAGCACGCCCGUCACGGCGCUGCGCAGCGUCGUCGACAUCUUCCCCGCGCUGCUGUCGUCGCCGCCACAUGAGGCCCACGCCGCCGCGCACAACCGCCACCGCCUGCCCACGCGUGUCUUCUCCAACGGGCCCGCCACGGGCUUCUUCGUCGCCCUCGCCGUGCACCUGCUCAAGGUCGCCGCGCUCGUGCCCGAGGAGAGCAUGCUCUUUGUCUACGUCGAGUCGUGGGCGCGCAUCUCGACGCUGAGCCUCACCGGCAAGCUGCUCUACUACACGGGCUUGGCGGAUGCGUUUUACGUGCAGCACGCCGACGUGGCUGCCGCCUACGGUUUGGUGAAUGCGGGGGAGAUGGUCUUCAAUGCCAGGAGGCCCGACGUGACCGAGACAUGACAAGCGCGAUUGUUUCUUGAUACAUUUUGGUUGUACAUGGUUAUAUACAGGCCGGCGCUCUCUAGCGGCGCUUCUCAUGCCUUUGUUGCGGCUACGGGUUCCCCUUCGGUUGUUUUUUCUGCGUCCUCCGAAGCCGUC